AAGCUUCCAAAAUCGACGACCCCCGAAUAAGGCCGUUUCGCCACGUUGGCCCUGAGUGGGCGAAUGUGAUCAUUCGAAGAUGAGCAGCGUAGGAAAUGGUCAUGGUGGGUGUGCCCCGAGCACGUGUGACGACAUCCUCCUGCAGUCGCAGAUCCUUCUCGAUCUGGACCCGGAUGUUAACCUUCACGUUGCCGUCUCCCGCGACUACGCGCAGUCAUCGCUGGGGUCGACCUUGCAAUGCAUGGAUCCAAUUUCGCCCAAUGAGUGGGUAUGCUUGGGUUGCUUCGCCACGGGCACGAUCGUACCACUUCAACAACACGCACAGUCGAGAUUGGCCCGCGACCUGCUGGCGCAUCAUGCGAUCCUACCCGAGAGGGACAGCCAUCGUUCGGUACAGCUCGUGAUGACUCAUAUGGUGGCAUGGGAGCACCUCGACGCCUUCAAAGUCCUGCUGCGCGAUGCCACGACCGAAGUCCACACCGUCCACGGCGGGUACACCCGCGUGCACUUGAACGAAUCGACGGCAGCCCGCAACGCCAACAGCCAUGCGCUGUGUGCGGUGGUUGUGCACGUGGACCGCGUGCAGAGUCUGAUUUCGUGGAUGUGCUGUGGUCGCAACGCUCAAAUCAAGCUCGGGUGUCCGGCGCUGUGUGUGCAAAAGUCGGCGUUCAGCGUCGUGUUGGCGCCAUUCGCUCCCCCGUCGUCACCCGUCCGUCCCGAGGCGGCGGCGACGUCCUCCGUCUCGUGCGACGACCUACUCUUGGAAGAGUGCGCCGACGACGACGUCAUGUGGGUAGACUUCGACAACCCCCUCUCCAUUAUGGACAAAGUGGCGAUGGCACCGCCAGCCAACCGAACGCAGUCGCCGACCGCUGUGGAGUUUGCCGACGACGAGCUGUGGACCAUGUCGGACGAGUUUGCCGUGUUGCCGUCCAUUGCGUGCCUGGUUCCAACACCUGCAGACCAACAACUCCCCCAGCCACAGGUGCACCUGCCGGCUUCACCUAGCCAGCAGCGCCUCUACUACGACCAUGUUGACCACCAUGACAACCUAGACUCGUUGGCCGUAGCUACGUUCGUCGACGACGACGGCAUGCCGCUCGAGUUUAAAACGCUGUACUACCGCAACAACAAAAAAGGCGGCGUGCGCAAUCUCCGAUGCUUUCCGCACUGCAAGCGCGGGCACCACUCGACCACUAGCUUUUGCGGCACCAACUUGAAAGUGCAGUUCCAUCGCCGCCAUCACCCCGCCAUCACCGUGAUGCCGCCGCUGUCGACCGAGUCGACUGCCGUUGUCGUCGCGUUUGGCCGGUUUCGCAACUUUGUCGAGCCGGUCGAAGAGUUUUCAGCGGGGAUGUGGGUACCCCAAGCAGACAUUUACCACGCGGUACGCUCCAAGGACCACCCCAAGGCCAUGUGGCUGCAGACCAAGUGCGUCGAACCGCUCCUGUUUGAAAUCCGUCCAUCGGGGCGGUCGCUGUCGUGGCACUACGGCUUCCACGGCGCGGCCCUUCACAAAGCCAUGGUCCACUGCAUCGAAGUCGUCUUCUUCGAGACGCGGGCGGCCGCCGCCACGACAUUUCAGUGCGUGGGGGUCGUACAGUCCCCGCGCUUUCGCAUCGUGUCGAGUCGGUCCCGAGAAUCGUGAUUGAAUAUGCCAUUGUCCAUCGUAUUAUAAUAUUUAAAAUACAAAAAAUUCGAUUAAGACUCCAG